UCUCACGACCGCCAAGCUUGUCAUAAAGUUUAUUUAUAGAAGUUGAAAACUUGAUAUUCUUAGGUUCUCAUGCACUUCACAUCCUCUCUGUAGCCAAACAACUAUGAGUUCCAGCUUUCUGCAAUUCUUGCUCUUGGCCUUGUUAUUUUCAGCAACCUCAAUAAUCUCGAAAACCAGAACAGCUUGUGCAUAUUCAGAUAACAUCACUGACCAACAGGCUUUACUUUCUUUCAAGGCCUCCAUAACAAACAAUUCGGUAGGAAUUUUGGACUCAUGGAACCAUUCCAUCCACUUCUGUCUAUGGAAAGGCAUUACAUGCAGCCAUAGACGCCAGAGAGUGACCGCGAUAGACCUCUCAUCUCAGCAACUAGAUGGUACUCUGUCUCCUCAUAUCGGAAACCUCUCCUUUCUCAGAGCAAUUUACCUUGACAGAAACAACUUUCGUGGCUCCAUUCCUCCAGAGUUUGGUAAACUGUUUCGCUUAAGGUAUCUUCACCUAGGAAGCAAUUUUUUGCAAGGUGAGUUCCCAGUGAACUUAAGUCACUGUUCAGAUAUUAGAAAUAUCAGUAUUGAAGAGAACAAUCUGGAAGGGAAGUUGCCUACUGAAUUCAUGUCUUGGUCUAGACUUCAAGUCUUUAUUGCAAGGAAAAAUCAUUUCACUGGAUCAAUCCCUUCUUCAAUCGGGAAUAUGUCAUCUCUUGUUCUCCUUGAUCUAGGCAGCAACAGUCUAACAGGGAGCAUACCUUUAGAAGUCUCUCGCCUUCUGAAUUUAAAGAUUCUUCGGUUGUCAGUGAACAAUUUGUCAGGUAUGGUUCCUCUGCCACUUUACAAUAUCUCGACUCUUUCUUCUGUUAGCCUAACUCAAAAUGAGUUGAGAGGAAGGCUUCCAGCAGAUUUGGGCUCCACGCUUCCUAAUCUGCAAAACUUCCUUGCUGGAGAGAAUAGAUUUUCAGGGCCUUUUCCGCCAUCCAUAGCUAAUGCUUCACAGCUUGUUCGUUUUGAGAUAGCAUAUAACUAUAUUAAUGGUCCUCUGCCUACAAAUUUAGGAAGCCUUUUGAGUCUUCAAUGGCUGAACCUGGGCCAUAAUCAACUUAGGCAUAAUCAGCCAUCUGAUGGCUUAAGUUUCCUCGAUUCGUUAGUAAACAGUACUCAUCUAAAGUAUUUGGGUCUAUUCGAGAAUGGUCUAAGUGGGGAGCUCCCAAGUUCCAUCGCCAAUCUCUCAACAACAAUAGAUCAACUGGACUUCUUCACAAAUAAAAUCUACGGAAGCAUACCCCAAAGUAUUGGGAAUCUUAUCAACAUGACACGACUUUCAUUGGAUCAAAACAUGUUAACAGGAUGGAUUCCUGAAUCAAUUUGUAAACUAUCCAUGUUGGGAACUCUGCGUCUAGGUGAUAACAAUAUUUCAGGUGUAAUUCCAACUUGCAUAAGCAACAUUUCUGGAUUACUUAUUCUCAGUUUCAAGAAUAACAUACUCCACGGAAGCAUACCUACUACAUUGUAUAACAUCUCAUCCUUACAAGGGUUGAGCCUUUCCAGCAAUCACCUCAGCGGCGUGAUACCUGAGCUUAUUAUUGGACUUUCGUCUCUCAAUCUUGGUCUUCACUUGCAUCAAAAUCUAUUGACAGGGCCACUGCCAUCAAACAUUGGAAGGCUAACACAUCUUAUUGAGCUACGUCUUUCGGACAACAAAUUUAUGGGAGAAAUACCCUCUAGCCUGGGAGAUUGUGUGAUGUUGGAGGGACUGGACAUGAAAGGAAACCAUUUUCAAGGCAGAAUUCCGUCUUCUUUCAAGAAUCUAAAAAGUCUUGCAUUUCUGGAUCUUUCAGCGAACAAUAUGUCAGGAAAUAUACCGCGUUUUCUUGGAGAGUUGAAUCUGUUAAGAUAUCUGAAUCUCUCACACAAUAAACUUGGAGGUCCAGUGCCUAAAAAUGGUGUCUUCUCAAAUGUUAGUAUCUUUUCAAUUGUCGGGAAUAAUCAGCUUUGUGGAGGUAUUCAAGCAUUGCAAUUGCCUGUUUGUCCUGCAAACGUAUCAGAGUCAAAGAAAAAGCAAUUUCCACUGAAAAUGAUCCCCCUUAUAGUUAUCUUACCUCUGGCUAUCUUGUUAGCAUGUCUUGCCUUGCUUGGUUAUCGACAUCGAAAAUCCACACGGAUGAAUGCCCAUGUCUUGGUACUGCCUGAUGACCACUACCCCAGACUUUCGUACCAAGAUCUUUUACUAGCUACGAAUGAGUUUUCUGCAAAGAAUUUGCUAGGUGAGGGAAGAUUUGGUUCUGUUUACAAAGGCUAUUUUGAAUCGUUGCAACAAUAUUUUGCUGUAAAAGUACUGAACAUUGAAGCACACGGAGCUUACAAGAGUUUCUUGGCAGAAUGUGAAACUUUGAGGAAUCUUCGCCACAGAAAUCUCAUCAAGAUCAUCACAACUUGCUCUAGCAUUGAUUUUGUUGGCAAAGACUUCAAGGCAAUAGUGUUUGACUUCAUGAAAAAUGGGAGUCUAGAGGACUGGUUACAUCCAAUUCCAUCCCAGCAAAGGAAUGAAAAAAACUUGACUCUACUCCAAAGGCUUAAUAUUGCCAUUGACGUGGCAUCAGCAGUGGAUUACCUACAUCACCGUGGUCCGGCAAGAAUUAUUCAUUGCGACUUAAAACCAAGUAAUAUUCUUCUUGAUGACGAGUUUGUUGCUCGGGUUGGUGAUUUUGGUCUAGCCAGAUAUUUCCUAAGCACCACAGGUGACAUCAAUUACGCACAUACAAGUUCAACCAGUGUUCGAGGGACAGUUGGAUACGUUCCUCCAGAGUAUGGAAUGGGCGGAGAGAUAUCUGCUGAAGGAGACGUGUAUAGUUAUGGAAUUCUAUUACUUGAAAUGUUCUCCGGAGAAAGACCUACCAGUAGCCGCAUUUUAGAGGAGAAUGCUAAUAAUCUUCAUGAUUACGUUAGGAAGGCAUUACCUCAUAAUGUGGUAGAGAUUGUUGAUCCCCGAAUCAUGUUGGGCCAAGAAGACGACGACACGAUGAAGAAUAAAUCAGUUGGUAACACUUGUGAGUUAUCUAGUACGAUGAAAGAUUGCUUGGCUCUGAUACUUGAAGUUGGGAUUGUAUGUUCGGUUGAAAGACCAAGCGAACGCAUCGACAUUAAUGUUGCUCUCAAGAAGCUGCAUGUGGCAAGGGAGAAGCUCCUGCUGCAUAAGGAGUAACCUGGGAAGAACCGUACAAGUGUUAAUCAGUGUGUAUCACUUCGCUUAAUAUUCCUAACAUUAUAUAGCUUUAUUUUAUUACUUUCAACU